AUGUCUUGGCAACCAGAGCGAAAGAUCCUCCUAUCAAAAUCACCCCACGUUUCUUUACAACUCUACCUGCUGCGAUGCAAAAAAAUCCUCAAGGCUCGAAGCAGUUUCCAUGCGAACGCAAGUUACUAUAAACAUAAUAUUCUAGUACCAUUCCCUAACUCUGUUUCUAAAUCGCACUUUCUUUUUAUUGCAGAAUGCCGCCGGCACAAGCGUAGAUGUAGUUAUGAUCAACCAUGCACAAGGUGCGACAAGUUUAAUCUGGAAUGCAUCUACCAUGAAACAAUGACACCGAAUGACCAGGAAUACAUCAAGGAGCUUGCCAUGCUACAGGAAGUAGAGGUCCUUCAAGAUAGUCUGACGGAAAUGGAAAACGAACUACAGCAACUACGAUCCAUUAAACAAAAAGCCCAUUCACCGAUUUCUGUAACUACUACCCCUGUUGCUGCUACUGGAUAUAAUAAUGGUAUCAGUAUCGACUACCAACCUACCCAGCUGGCCAGUCCUCCUGCUUCGCCAUUGGAAACUACCUCACCUCGGAAAAGGUCAAAAAAGGUCACACAAACGAAAUUAGGUUUUAAAGUCGCAGUCGAAAAAAACGAACCCUGUGAAAGUACACCUUGGACACUUACAGUCACAAAGGGCCAAUUCGAAAUUAGUACAUUUAUCAAAACCCACAAAGACUUGCAAAAUCAGAUACAGAAUAUUGCAUCUACGAUCCAGUACCAAUCAAUUGUUCCUAGUACAUGGAAUAGUCACACUACUCCCAGUCCAGUCGUACCUCUUCUUCGGAAGAUGGUCAAUAAGAGAUACAACAAGUCAUUUAUGGUAAACAUGUCGCCAAGUAUACUCUUAUUGACUCAGGCAGGGGUACUGCCCCAGGAAUCAAAUCAGCAUAUAAAUAUCACCCUGACAACGGUGGAGAAUACCACUCAUCAGUUGCUUUAUAUUUACACUCAAUGUCAGCACCUACAGCACCUUGCUAUACAUAUACCUACCUUUAUCUCAAUGAUUGCCACAGUCACCGAGACUGAAAACUGUUUACUAGUCAAUGCAUUAUGUGCUAUGAUAUGCUCUCUUCGCUGCAAACAUAUCCUGAUGGUUAUUCCAAUGGAAGAUUUGUGUGGCUACGGAGAAUAUUACUUUGAAAAGGCCCGAGAUCUCUUGUCUGACAAAUUUGAUGAAGUCACCCUUGAAACCUUGGCAGCUUAUUGCCUCAUCUCAUUAUAUAAGUACAAGACAUCUCAUUUGGAAGAUUCAAACCACUAUUGCUCCAUGGCAACUCGUAUGGCUAACUUGCUAGAACCUGAGUACAAAGAUUCGCAAAAUGAAGAUGAGACUUUCAAGGGUCAGAAAACAAUGUAUUUUCGGCUCCGUCGAUUUCUUGAGUAUAUUACUUCCUUGAUCGAAGCAUCAUAUUUUACAUUCAAAAAGGCAAAACAUUCCUCUAUGAAUUUCCAUGAACGUUAUCGUUCUGGGGUAUAUACCCCAUACAUCCAUCGGACUGUGGUUGAGAGUAAGUUGGAGCCAGCCGAAGGAGACACACCUGAGGAAGUACGUGCGAUCAGGAUGCACAAUACUGUCGAAGAUCUUCAGAAAGAGAUUAUUUUUUCACUCAAAAUUACCCAAUCUUAUGAUUUACCAACAUUUAUUGAAUUAUUUGGGCACCGUGUUGAAGCAAGCAUUCGAAAGUGGUACAGCAAAACACUUCCGGCAGAAGACAGACUGAGUAUGCCUUUAUUUGACAGCUACAUUAGAGACGAAGUUUAUUUUGCCACUCUCGAACGCGAGUGUCAACAUUCUCCUAUUCCAUGUCUCACGACUCUUAUCGCCUAUCGAGAAUAUUUGGUUCUUUCUCAAUCGUAUAUGCCAAAGGUGGUUUACGAUGUCAAAAGAUAUGUUGAACACCUCAAGCAUUGGCGAACAACUGGAGGAAGUAACUACACUGAAGAUUGCGCCAACAACAAAAUGAACCGGUGGAUCCAAAAGGUGGCACACAUGCGGGACAUGAUUGGAUUUGAUGGCACUCCUGAAGAAUAUCGAAAUUUAAUUUAUGAUGCCAUGUGCCCAUCUGCGCUAUCUCUCGAUUUUCCUAUCUAUCAUAUCUCUAUCCACACCGCCAUAAAUACUGUCAGAUUAUUACAGUUUCUUCGAACGGCAUCCUUCUCAUGCUUCUUUGACAUUCAGUUGGCUAUGAACGCUUACAAUAUUCUUUUCAGGGCUUCUAGGCUCCAUUAUCAGCGUCCAGGCGAUUACCACUCUACAAUUGAAUCUAUUCAUGCCAACCUUAUUAUUUGUUUCGCUAUGAUUCAAGACGAGUUUUACAAAUGGCCACAUCAGAGCAAAAACACCGAGAAAAUGGAAAAAAUGGAGAGGGAGUUCAAAGAAGAGAUUUCGUCAGUAAAACCCGAAAAAAUGUAUCCAUCACCAUAA